CAGUUAACUAUUUAUUUUAGUUUAAAAAAAAAAUUAAAGUUUGGACCAUGCUUCGAAAUACUCUUAAACUACCUAAUUCAAUUUUGUAUGGCAUAAUACAACGUUAUGCAAGCACAUUGAUAGUUAUUGAACACAACAAUGAAUCAUUGACACCUACUUCUUUACAUUCAAUAUCUGCUGCAAAAGCUAUAGGUGGUGACAUUACUUGUCUUGUUGCUGGAACAAAGUGCAAACAGAUAGCAGAUGCAGUGAGUAAAAUAGAUGGAGUAAAAAAAGUAUUAUUUGCAGAAAAUAAUAUUUACAAGGGAUUUUUACCAGAAUCUUUAACCCCACUGGUUGUUGAUUUGCAGCUCAAGAUGAAAUACACACAUAUUCUUGCAACAUCUUCAUCAUUUGCAAAGAAUUUACUACCUCGUAUUGCUGGUAAAUUAGAUGUUGCACCCAUAUCUGAUAUAUUAGAAGUUAAGAAUGAGAACACAUUUGUUAGAACAAUAUAUGCAGGCAACGCAGUUACAACAAUUAAAUCUUCAGAUCCAGUAAAGGUAAUUUCUGUACGGGCUACAUCUUUUGAAAUGGCAAAAGAAGGUCUUUCUGCAGCUAAUAUAGAAGAAUUGGCUGCAACAACAACACCUUCUGAUGAUGUUAUUUGGGAGAGUGCAGAGUUGAGUGUGAGUGAAAGGCCUGAACUCACAAGUGCAAAGAUUGUUGUUUCCGGAGGUCGAGGCAUGAAAAGUGGCGAAAAUUUUAAUUUAUUGUACAAGUUGGCAGACAAGCUCAAUGCAGCCGUUGGUGCUUCUCGUGCAGCUGUUGAUGCUGGUUACGUACCGAACGACAUGCAAGUCGGCCAAACAGGAAAAAUGGUAGCACCAGAUCUAUAUAUAGCUGUUGCUAUAUCUGGAGCUAUACAGCAUUUAGCUGGUAUGAAAGACAGCAAGUGUAUUGUUGCUAUAAACAAAGAUCCCGAGGCGCCGAUAUUUCAAGUAUCUGAUUACGGAUUAGUUGCUGACUUGUUUAAAGUUGUUCCAGAGUUGACAGAAAAGAUUUAAAUUAUAAACUAAUACAGUAGAAGUAUUGUUCUGACGACGAAUGAAUAACUUUCAUUCAUGUACAUAUACUUUUAUUUUGGAAUAAUGGAAAAUCUUUAAAUAAUUAUUUAAAAAAAUUAUUCUUUGUCAUGUAUUUAAAGUUUUAAAUUUGUGUCGCAAUAUCAACAGUCUA